CUGAGUGAAAAUGGAGAGAAGAAUGUAAACAAUUUAUCCACCUUAUACAAUCAAUUAUGUUACAAAUAAUUAAUUAAUGAACAGACAGGUGUAAAUAUGGUGUCAUGUCAAUGGAAAUAACUUUGGAAUGGCAAUCUAUAUUGAAAUUAUGUGGAAUUCGUAUCAGGAGGAUGAACGCACCUGCGAUUGUUUUCCACAGUGCAACAUAGUUAAAAUACUUCAUUAUUUCCACCGGUAAUAAUGUUAUCAAAGAAAAAAGAUUCGGGCAUUAAUGAUGGCAUUGCAGGAAAAUAUGUCAAACGUGAAACUCCACCAAUGCUCAGAAAUUAUCACACCCCUGUCCGUCAGACACCAAAUUUUCAACGUCGCAGCGUUAAAACUCCAGCGUCAUUCUACGUUCCUCAACAGUCGGCCAGUAACGUGUUAAGCAGCAGAACACAGGUGACCACUCGAUCCAAUGUUCAGUCCACCAGCGUCACAUCGCAAGAAACUCGAGCCCAGCAGUUGUCUCCCUUGACACAGCAGAGGAACACACAAAGUGCCCCACCCCAGAUAAACCAGCUAUCCCAGGGCAUACAGAACCUGAGCGUGGGGGACCGGUCUGAUGUCUCGGGGUCUACCAGCUCACUGAGCACCCAGGGGUCGACCACUAGUAGUCAGGGGACAUCAGGGUAUGGUACUGGUCCACAAUCAACUGAAAGUCCAACUCAGCAGAGCUCAGGGCAGAGAAAUAAUCUGGGAGCCAUUAGAGAAGAUUUCCAUGAACCUGGUAAUUUGGGAGCCUCACAAAGCAACUACUCAGAUUAUCACAGCCAGUUUGAUGAAAACUACCAGAUACAGCAGUACCAUGAAGAGAUCAGAAACCACUAUGCACAGCAAAGUGGAGGUCAUGUGACCAGCACACAGCACAGUCUGCAGUCCAGCACUCAGCAAUCCAGCACAAGUGCAUCCUCCUCUUCUGCCUAUGCUGGUGAUGAGUUUCCCCUACCCCCGGGCUGGUCGUUGGAUUGGACGGUGAGGGGGAGGAAAUAUUACAUUGACCACAACACCCAGACCACUCACUGGAGCCACCCCCUAGAGAAAGAGAGCCUCCCCACAGGCUGGGAGAGGAUAGAAAACAAAGAGUAUGGGGUGUACUAUGUAAACCAUUACCUGCAAGUAGCACAAGUGAACCAUCCCUGCUCCCCAACUCAAGGGAAUCCAAGGUUUAGCCUCCCACCCCACCUACCCCGACAGAUAGAGUACCGCUCUACCCGCCAGGACCAUGUCCUAGUGCCCGCCAACCCCUACCUUCACACAGAGAUUCCUAAAUGGCUGGUUGUGUAUUCAAAAGGAGCCAAAGAACAUGAUCAUAAACUGAAGUGGGAUCUGUUCCGCUUGAAUGAAAUUGAGGUCUUUGAUGCCAUGUUGAUGCGACUUCAUAAACAAGAACUGGAGCAGAUAGUGAUGAGCUAUGAGGCUUAUCGUAGUGCCCUGAUCAGAGAAAUGGAGCGGCGAAAGAAGGAAAAUCAGGUGCCGGGCCAGCCUCUGGCUCUCACUCAAGGUGUGGAGCAUCAGAAACAGAUUCAGAGUGAAGGACUUAUACCAGGAAGACUGUAUAACAUUGGAGCCCAGGGCUCAGGGCAAAGCCCAGCACAAGGUGCUCCUCAAGGCAUUCAACAGAAUGUGGGUCUGGGAUUUCCUAGAACUGUUGAACAGGUUUCUGGAAUGCCCGUAAAUGUGGGUUUACCACAAGCUUUGCAAGGACAAAUGAUUCAACAGAAUAUGGUGAGAGGAAAUCUGAAUUUUCCAAAUGCAAAUCCAGCAGUGUCAAAUAAUCUUUCAAAUGUUCUAAAAGCUGGGGUGAAUCCAAAUGCUGGACAGAUUGGCCAGACAGCAGCAGAGAGGAUGAUGAUGUUGCACAGCCAGGUGUCAGAUAACCAGUUUGCUAUGCAGAAGACAGCCACAACUCAGCAUCAUCUAAUGCAGCAGCACCAGCAGAUACAACAACAACUGGAACAACUGCGGCAAGAACAGAUGCAGCGUCAUCUUCAACAACAACUCAUACAGCAACGAUUGAUGCAACAGCAACAUAUGCAACAUUUUCAAUUACAUGGUGCUCAAAUGUUGCCUACAUCUCAGAACUUUGUCUCCCAGCAGCCAAUAAGUAGCCAAGUGCAGCAUUACACCCCAUUCACAGCUAGCCAGCAGACUAGCAACCAGCAGACACAAGGUUAUACAUCACACCCAGCAACCAUUGCACAGCAACCUCAGAGCAACCCACAAGCCUUUACUCAGCUCCCAUCAACAGCACAAGUAUCCUAUCCAGCCUAUCCUCAGCUAGCAACAGCAGUCCCAACAAAUGUGCAACAACUGCAACCUCAACAGAGCAUACCACAGGGUUAUCCUCAGCAAGUGGUUGCAACCACACUGCCAGCAACCCAGCAACCUUUCCCAGUAACUUCAUCACAGCCAACUGUCCCUCCAAGUUUUCCCCCCAAAACUCAACCACAGACUCAAUCAAAGUCCAUCACUCAGAAUAUUGAAACCAAAGUUUGACACCCUGAUGUACAAAAUGUAAAUUUUGGUGCAUUUUUAACAUAUCCCAAUCUAUUCCUGGUGUAGUGAUAUUGAAAUGAUUUAUUUUAAUUUCAUGUACUUUUGAUAAUGACCAUACUAUAUUUAUUAUGUGUAUUUCGUCAUCAUUAAGAUUUAGAAAUCAAUGUGUUAUACUUGAGAAACAGUAUAUUCCUAUGGAUGGUGUUUCAUAUAAAUUAUUUGAAAAAUAAUUAUAGGACUGAUUAUUAUAUACAUGUACAUUUCAACACUUUCAAUUCUACAUCUGUGAAAACAAAAUGUGGAAAAAAUAACUACACCAUUCUCAAAGUUACAAAUACAGUGUACUAGUCUUUGUCUUUUGAUUUGCAAUACAUGUAGUAUUUUUUCGUCAAAAAAGUAGAAGUAAUUUGGUCCACAAAGGGAAAGGGAAAGUUUAUUUGUUUAAGCUUGUGUUAAGUUUAUGUCUGUUUUCAUAGUCAUGAAAGCUGUACAAAUUUAUUCAGAAUUUAUUUCAUGUAAAUAUUUUACUGGAAGUUUUGAAUUAGGCAUAUAUUUUUUCAUAAUGUUUAGUAGCGGCAUUUCUGUUAAAAUAUGUUUAUUUCAUUUUAGCUAGAUGUUUUCCUUAAAUUUCCUUUCAUGUGUUGAUGUUGUGUGUCAAAACAUAUGUGAAAUUUUGGAGUAAUCUAGGUUUACAUGUAAAGCCAGUAUUCCAAGCUCUUUCUGUUUAAAGUUUUGAUAAGUAGCCUACAUCGAAUAUUCCUCCCCAUAUAUAUUUUCCUGAAGGUUUCCAUGUGCUGAGAUAUAUAUUUAAUAAAUAUACAAUUAUUUAUGAAAUGAACAAUAUCUGUCACACUUGAGUUUCCAGAUCAUGAUAUUCAAUUAGCUUUUAUAGUUUACUGAAAAGUUUCCAGGAAGUUACACCAAAGUCAGUUUUGCAAAAAGUUGCUGAUCUGGUAUUCUAGCUGUCAUCCCCCUUACUUUCAAAGGUUCAUAAUUAAAAUACAUUAUUUUUUUGUAGAGGGGGAGAGUAAGAAUAUUCUUCUUAAGUGUAUACAGGUCAAAAAGAUAUAUGAAACUUUACCCAAACUUGUAUUGUUUUUGUCUUUUUUAUUUAUUUUCUGCAUGGGCAUAGCACAUUAAAAUUUUAGCAUAUUUUAUAAUUUAUUUUAUUUAAACUGGAGUUCCUUUGAACUUUAAUUUAUUUUAGAGAAUUUUUUUUAUAUAAAAUUUAAGAAAACUCAUUUAUGGUUUGUACAAUUGGCAAUUCUUGCAUUAGUCUGGACACCAUGACAGCAGCUGUUAAACAGUGAGAUAAAAUUGACAGAUUAAAAAAAAAUGGUUGUGUUUGAAAAAAAGUCAUUUUUGCAUGAUCUCAUUCCUGCUGUACAUAUUACUCUGUAUUUAAUGUUAUCUUGUGAUUCCUUGUUGACUUUUGAAUAAAGUAGACUGGGUGAUUUGCUUUUUAGGAAAGGAGCAAA